GCUAGAAGCAGCGGCUAUCUUCUUUCCUCAUUGCGGAGAGGCAAGAGUGGCUAUCUUGUUUUCUCAUUGCGGAGAGGCAAGACGUCGGGUUGAUUUGGUCUUUUACUUCUUCCGGGAACAGCGCAAUGGGAGGAAACGGCCGAGCACACAGCUGGCGUAUUGGUGGUGCUUUCUUGGGCAGUAAGCAUGGCCAUGACGGCAACGACACGCGGUUGGAUCAUGCCACUCGAGCGGCGUCGUACUCUCUUGAGUCUGUGCCUCGAGUUGUUGCGUAUGGAUAUCCGCGCUGUAGUGGAGGUCAUCCUGUCUUGUGGAGCAAUAUUCCAGAAACGACAAGAUCAGCGGCGGAUGUUCUUCCAUUUCAUCUGUUGGAGAAUGAGCUCAAGAGUCGAGCAGUGGCAUCCAGGAGCGACUGCAGGCCAUUCAUCAAACUGUUCAUGCUCACAGCCGUGGCAAUAGCUGCUAGCUUCUUGAUCUAUGAGACACUCUCAUUGGGGCGGGUAGGGAGGUUCAUUCGUACUCAUGUGGAAGACGAUAAUUUGCAUGAUCAUGAUUCUCAGCCAAGCCCAUGGCAAGCGGCUAACGGGGAUGUGAUGCUGCAGCCGGCAGCGGCCAGACAACGAGUGGAAACAAGAGACACUUUUCUGUUUGAGGUGGUCCGCUGGAAUCCAGAGGUUUCGAGUUCCAAUGGCGAUAGGACCAAUCGUCUGAACCAUGGGGGUCGUGGUUAUGGUCGGGAAACUAUUCGUCAACAUGCAAGAGAGUGGGACAGGAAAGGGGCGCAAGGGCCAUCUCCUCUCAUUACCGACGACAACAGCAAAAUGCAGACGGAGACUGACAACAGAUCUCAGCCGUUGGUAUCCAAGGAUUCUGGGAGUACGAUGGCAAAACCUGUAUCGGCUAUUCGUUUGCAGAAUCCAGGCAUGAAUGGGAUCUCAGACGAUGAAGAAAACCAAGAUGCUUUGUCGUACACUUCCCUUGUCCCUGCUGCAAUUGAAGUUGAGAAUGGACGGGCCGGAUGGCAGCGGAAGGUUUUGUGGCAGCAGGGUCAAACAGUUCCAAAGUCAACCAGAAAAUCAAGGGAGAGGGAGCUGCAGGGCCAGGUGCGGGACCCAGCUUUUCUGCAAUAUCGUCUGGAGUACAGUGGUGUGCAGGAUGGCCACCGGAUAUGGAGGAGGACCGGUAUCCCUUCGAGAACUAGGAGGAUCUGCAUGAGGGUGAGCAGCAUUUUGGCAGGAUGGUUUGCCGCAGGGUCUGCGGAAGCGUUGUCUUGCCAUACCGAGAGGUCCUAGACAUUUACUUGAAGCAGACCGUACAUAAUGCUUUCGCCAAAUUAGCCAUGCGGAGUGAAAUCGGCGGAGGUGGUUUUGAGCCAGCGCACCCAGAACCCUUGCAUCGCGGGAGAAAUCGGUUGGCACUAAGGAUGAGAACUUGAGAGAUUGGUUAAUAAACAGGACAUCGAGUCGUCUCAAUGCCAAAGCAAAGGAAGCUGUGAAUGUGAGCUCGGAUUGUCAGACUCCAUUCAACCCAGACCCAGAACCUUGCAUCGCGGGAGAAAUCGGUUGGUACUAAGGAUGAGAACUUGAGAGAUUGGUUAAUAAACAGCACAUCGAGUC